ACAUCUGAUCACAUGAAGGUCUCUGCUGUUGCAUCCCUACUCUUAUUAUUAUUUUUUUGUCAGAUUCUAAUAAUCUAAUUAGAAGCAAAAUUAACAAUUUGCUGGGUUGAACUUUGUUGCCAAUCUGCAAAUUAAUAGAAAAACUCUCUAGAUUCUGGUAUGACUUCUAUGGUUUUAUAAUUCAAUUAUAAUCAACUGUGGAAGCAAUUUAGUGAAUCAUAAAAGUAAACAACACAGUAAUUGGAUUUUGGAUGGAAGGUGAGAAAAAAAAACAUGAACAGAGGUCCAUAUCGUUGAUGCAUUCUGAAUGUAUGCUUAAAUCCAAUGGAUAUAAAUUGCUUUGACAAGGUUGUCUGUCCCUAGAUAUGAACGUUUUUCAGAGACACUGAUCCUGGUUACCUGUGUACCAUGGAUUGAAGGCAAUAGAGAAACAUAUACGCCAUUUAAUUGAUAGAAACUAACAGAGUAUGAUGUGGGCUUCAAACGAGAGGUGCAUCAUUUUUAUCUUCAGCUUUGGGGGCAACAACUUCAACUACCUUUUUCUUCUCUUCCUUGACUACCUCCUUGGCCUCAACCUUCUCUUCUAUUGGCUUGGAAUCCACCUCACUCGUCUCCGUAGGCUUGCUGUCAUCGUAUACAACAAGCAGCAGUCAGCAGUCAGUCUCGGGGGGGAGGGGGAGGGGGGGGGGGGUGUUUCUUCCACCUUGGCAGCCUCCGGAAUUGGGAAUGGGGUUGAUGGGGAUGUUGCAAAGAAAGAGACGUCUGUGAAGACUACGAAACCUCAUGACACCAUUCAGAGAUAUGUUGCUCAGGAAUGUGUGUUGGACAAUAUAAUGGGAGGCGUCAUUAAGGUACUAAGAAAGUGCUUUCAUGAACAAGAAACAAAGCAUCCAGUUUGGACAUUGUCAUCAGAUUCUGAAUCUUCUAAUGAUACCAUAUCUGUAAGGGAGCACAACUCACAUCAUGAGGAAUUAUCUGCACAUGAGAUUGGUGGACAGUCUCCACUUAAGGAGGCCUAUAAAGUGAAAUCUCCUAAAAAACAGUUCUAA